AUGCCCAGGACAUAUCUGCAAAUCCUGGAGCCAACAGGACAGGACAGCUACGGGAUGAAUUAUACCGGUUGGCACCGUAAAGAACAACUGGAUGUGUCCGUGACCAUCGUAAAGGACAUAGAGAAGAGAAAAGACAUCCUUCAAGAAGUGGAAGUCCUUGAACUUAUCAGAGGCCACGAAAAUGUCAUUGGCUACUAUGGGGCUUAUUACCAACGUGCCUCUGUAAAGAAGCCCCACUAUGAAGGACUGUGGAUUUCUAUGGAGCGUUGGAAUGGUGUAGCGGUGGAAGAUCUCAUCUACACCAGUGAGCAGUACUCCUUGCAUGAAAGCUGGAUAGCGUACAUCUGCAAGGAGGUAUUAAAGGGCCUGUGUCAUCUGGAAAACAAAAAGGUCAUCCAUCACGACCUGCGGCCCCAGAACAUUAUCCUGACAACAUCGGCAGAUGUAAAGAUCAGUGAUUUCAGCUCCGCCACCAUCGGGGAAAUGAGUCACAGUACGUCUGGGCGGAUUCCAUACCUGGCGCCAGAAGUACUGGCCAAUUUUGGCAAGAAGACCAUAUGGUAUAACUCUAAGGCUGACAUAUGGUCCUUGGGAAUAUCAGCACUUCAAAUGGCGGAAGGCUAUUAUCGAGCGACAAUUUCCAUUCAUUCGUCGGCCAUUGCCUCCAGAAAGAUCCAGCUUGGAGGCCGUCUGCUGGAAAGCUCUUAUCACACCCCUUCAUUUGAACCAUCAGAAACCCCUGACGAUACCAACUGCCAGGAAAAACAAAAGCAAGAGCUGGAUCUGGGCAUGAACAACUGCCAGGAGAAUCAGCUUGAAGUAAAGUUCCCGACGCCCAGGACAUAUCUGCAAAUCCUGGAGCCAACAGGACAGGACAGCUACGGGAUGAAUUAUACCGGUUGGCACCGUAAAGAACAACUGGAUGUGUCCGUGACCAUCGUAAAGGACAUAGAGAAGAGAAAAGACAUCCUUCAAGAAGUGGAAGUCCUUGAACUUAUCAGAGGCCACGAAAAUGUCAUUGGCUACUAUGGGGCUUAUUACCAACGUGCCUCUGUAAAGAAGCCCCACUAUGAAGGACUGUGGAUUUCUAUGGAGCGUUGGAAUGGUGUAGCGGUGGAAGAUCUAAUCUACACCAGUGAGCAGUACUCCUUGCAUGAAAGCUGGAUAGCGUACAUCUGCAAGGAGGUAUUAAAGGGCCUGUGUCAUCUGGAAAACAAAAAGGUCAUCCAUCAUGACCUGCGGCCCCAGAACAUUAUCCUGACAACAUCGGCAGAUGUAAAGAUCAGUGAUUUCAGCUCUGCCACCAUCGGGGAAAUGAGUCACAGUACGUCUGGGCGGAUUCCAUACCUGGCGCCAGAAGUAUUGGCCAAUUUUGGCAAGAAGACCAUAUGGUAUAACUCUAAGGCUGACAUAUGGUCCUUGGGAAUAUCAGCACUUCAAAUGGCGGAAGGCUAUUACCCAUUCAGCAGAUUUCCCCAGCAAAAACUCAUGAAACGCAUCAUGCACGGACCUGCGCCAGUAUUAUUGUGGGACAAAUGGUGAGUCAUUUCAACUGAAACAGGAAAAGAGGGAGAGGUAGAGAGGGUGGGGAAAUAAAGGGGAGAUGAUGGGGAAAUGAAAAGGUAAUGAGGGGAGGGGGUGGGAAUAUUAAAUGUGGGGAAACAAGCAAGGGAUUAGCUUUGGUGAGGGGUAUAUUAAGGUAUUCAGGGCACAUGGUUGUUUAUUUAACAUAAACAAUUUUAAUUUUGGCUUCUGUUUCUUUUUUCCAGGAGCGACAAUUUCCAUUCAUUCGUCGGCCAAUGCCUCCAGAAAGAUCCAGCUUGGAGGCCGUCUGCUGGAAAGCUCUUAUCACACCCCUUCAUUUGUAAGAUCUUUAAUGAAAGGGGUGUGAAGAGCAAUAUCAAAUGGCACCUGCAGUGAGAAGACUGAAGCACUGAAGUUCCAGAACAUCAUAGCAGCCAUCGGGGGAGGGACGGGGGCACAACUGCAGGGCCCUUAUGUCAUCUUUGGGCCCCGCAGACUUGGGGCAUGUUUACUAACAUU